GUACACCGUACACUCAUUCUCAUAGGUUGAUUUUCAAUGUGGAGGUGUGGAUCCUUGGUGGUUGUCAGUGUGAGUGACCCUAUACAUUUGAAGAGGUGUAGAAAGAGAGAAGGCACAACAGGACACGACAGGCGUCACGACGUUGACUGGACGUAGGUAAUCGAGGAUUCGGGAAUCGCGGUGUGCAGAUUGCAGAAGUAAACUGCUCCUGGAGGGGAUGAAGCGUGUCCCGGUGGGCCGAGUUGUCCAGGUGAAGAGAGUGAAGUGACCGAGUGCUGUGUGCAAUUUCGGAACGUGAAAGAAAGACGCGCGGGCGGCGACACUCAGGGACCUGGUAUUGGAAAAAGUUAGACCAAUAAUACGCCAGCUAGAGAAGUUAAAAAUAGAAGAGUCCUGGAACGGGGAAAAUAAAUAUUAAGAUCUGGAGGACUUGAAACGGGCAGGUUUUCCAGGAUCCGGAUACCGGAGGAUCCUCUCAUCUCCUGGGAAAAAUCGCCGUCGUCGAGCUAUGACGACGCGCGUUUCUAGAACCCGGAGUCCGGGGCCAUGCGGUGCUUCAAAUCUGAACUUGUAGAUUCAAAGCACCGGGUGUGACGACGUACGAGUGACGCGAGUGCAAAAAACCGGGCGCGUGUGUUUUUUCCCGAGACGCCUUCGCCUGCGUCCCCACUCCACGUCCUUGUCGGACAUUACUGAAAACGAGCCGACACGUUCGUGUGUUUACGUCGCGAGGAUUGCCAAGCCAUCGUGAUGUACGCCAAGGGAAAAGGGUCGACCGUGCCCUCGGACGCUCAGGCCAGGGAAAAAUUAGCUUUAUAUGUCUAUGAAUAUCUACUUCACGUAGGCGCUCAGAAGGCAGCACAAACAUUCUUAUCAGAGAUACGAUGGGAGAAAAACAUAACGUUAGGCGAACCUCCAGGAUUUCUACAUUCUUGGUGGUGUGUCUUCUGGGAUUUGUACUGCGCAGCUCCCGAGCGUCGAGAUUCAUGUGAACACAGCAGUGAAGCCAAAGCUUUCCACGACUAUGGAUUCGUGAACAGUGGUUAUGGAGUUAAUGGGAUUGCCCAUAAUGCUGGACCAGCGCCGUCUCCACUUGGGCAGAUGCCACCCAACGAUGGCAUGCCUGGUGGUCCAAUGCCUCCUGGAUUCUUUCCAAACAACUCGACAAUGCGACCAUCUCCGCCCACACACCCCUCAUCACAGCCAUCCCCCCAGCACCCCCAGCCACCCCCGCCCCCACACUCGCAGAUGAUGUCCACUCAGUACAUGGGACCACGGUUUCCUGCGGGGCCACGACCUGGGGGAGUCCGUUUGGCUCAAAUGGGAAAUGAUUUCAAUGGGCCACCCGGUCAGCCGAUGAUGCCUAACAGUAUGGAUCCCACAAGACAAGGCGAAGCUGGAGAGUUUGUAGGGUGGCAAGGACCUCCGGGAAUGAAUCAUAUGACCCCGAGAAUGAACCCACCUCCAAGAGGUCCAGCGAUGGGACCAAUGGGCCCUGGAAGCUACGGACAAGGAAUGAGAGGUCCACCACCUAAUAGUAGUUUAGGACCUGGAGGUCCAGGAGGACCCGGCAUGCCUCCCAUGAGCAUGGCUGGACCUGGAGGAAGACCUCAAUGGCAACCGAACACAUCCACGCCGAUGAAUUACUCCUCUUCUUCGCCUGGUAAUUAUGGGGGACCUCCCGGUUCAAGUGGACCUCCAGGACCAGGCACACCUAUAAUGCCAAGUCCACAAGAUAGCAGUAAUAGUGGAGGAGAAAACAUGUACACCAUGAUGAAACCUGUACCUGGAGGAAACAUGCCUGGAGAUUUCCCAAUGAGUGGAGGUCCAGAGGGAGGACCAAUGGGUCCAAUGGGACCCAACACGAUGGGCCCAGUAUUGAAUGGAGAUGGUCUCGAUGGUAUGAAAAAUAGUCCAGCAAAUGGCGGUCCCGGAACACCGCGAGAAGAUAGUGGCAGUGGGAUGGGCGACUACAAUUUGGGUGGUUUUGGCGGUCCUGGAGAAAACGAUCAGAACGAGUCGGCAGCCAUUCUCAAGAUCAAGGAGAGCAUGCAGGAGGAGGCCAAGAGGUUUGAGAAGGAUUCAGAUCAUCCAGAUUAUUUCAUGCAAUAACUCUCCACGAGUCGUAGGACCUCCGCUCCAGACCAAAUUAACUUUAACGAUUUCAAAGAAAAACUGAUAAAACUUUCCCACCCCGCCGCCACCGCACCCCCUUUCGAUUCGUCGAGUCCUCCGUGAAAGAAGCACAACAAAUCAUUCCUUCGAUCCUCCUUUCGAGAAAUGAAAAAUGCACGGAUAAUAUGUAUAGUCGAUAGUCCCGAUGUCAUCCACAACUUCCUUCCCAUUUCGAAAUGACUAAAAUAUCAAUAUCUUGUAACUUGUCUUUUUCGAUUCCGGAUCAACCUCGUUGACGCUUUUGUGUUAUUUAAGAAACCCCUUCGGAUUCGGCCCAACGCACAAUUUUUCCGUGAAAAAAUAUUAUUCAAAUGAAACUAUGAUCAUUUUUCUGUUGGAGUGACGAAAAAUUGUUUCCAGGAUGGUGGAAGGUAUUAUAUACGCACAGUCCAAAGAAUUAAAGUAUUAAAACUUAAGUUACUCAAGCGUGCAGGUUUGCUAAUCUGCUUUCCAUUUUGUUAUCAGAUAUCCAAGAUUAGCAAAUUGUGCUUCCUUAGAUAACUAUCAGUUAGUUACUAAAUAAUAAAUAUUUGCCGUCCUCGAGAAACAAUUUUUCAAAAACCAUUACCCUUCGAAAGACGUACCUUCUCUGAAAAAUAAAUGUUCGCAAUGUGGAAAAUUCUUGGUAGAUUUUUAUACUAAAGAUAAGAUACGCUAAAGAUGUCUUGAGAGGACAAUAUUUCGAAGAGUAGUAUUUUAUUGCUGACAAUCUCGACCUUUUCUAUCCACUUUGAAAACUUGAGAUCUCGCCAGCUUUUCUUUUAGGGAAAAUUUGUAGGGGAAUUUAAAUGUUUAAACAUUUGUAUUUAACAUAAUUAUAUUUAAGGCAUUGUAUUCAAAGAGGAACUGAGAGCUGGUCAAGUGGCAUUUUUUCAAUGUGAGUAGAUGAAUUUCAGAAUUGUUUAUCCGUUUCGGGGGGAAGUACGUCGAUUUAGAUGAUUAUUUCCGGUCCCAACUCCGUAUCCUUAUCGUCGUGACGUUUACAGAUUUGAUAAAACUGAAUCGAUACUGAUCGCUUUAGAAGAGUCUGUUAGGAGCUAUCCAAUGAAUGUAUGUGAUCAUGUGUAUAGCUCGAAUCGAAGUAUUUAAUCGGAUCUCUUGAAAUCAGCGGUUUUCGUAUUCCACAGUUCAAAAAAAAAAAAAAAAAAAAGAGUUUCAUGGCUCCCAUUUCCGAAAAAGUGCCAUUUUUUUAAAAAAUAUCCGUUGAGGUGAGACAAAUUCUUGUGCAAUAUGCGGACCGUGCAAUCUGAUUAUCGCUGAUCUCAAGCCUCAUAUUCCAUUUUCUGGCAUCGAUUAUUAAGGAGAAAAUUCGAGAGAAAAUCUUGGAAUAAAUCGUGCCAAAAAAAUGACUUCGUAUUUAAUAGAGCAAAGGGAUUCGCCUCAAAUGUAGCGCGGUACGGGCAUUGGCCAGUGUGCGUUAUACCGCAUUAGUGAAUUUACAUAAUGAAAAACGAUUUUCUUGAAUCGCUCAGGACUGCCGGUAUUUCUCAUAUUUGAAAACUUUGCGUGUGCACGAUUUUUCGAAUUUCAAUAAAAUCUUAAAGUUUUUUCACUUUUCAUUUCUUUGACCUCAGUUUUCAAAUGUUUAUUUGUCACAUUUCUUUUUGCACACUAUUAAUUUUUAAAUCUUCUCAUUGUAGACUUUAGAAAAUGAAAAAAUUAUGAUUGAAACAGAAAUCAGUCCGAAUGAAAAGCGAAAAAGAUUUUGUAAUGUUUCUAGAAACGGAAAAUAUUUUCAUUUCCAGAAUGUUUAUUGUAUAAAGAUAUUAGGUGAACAGUAAAAUGAAAAUAUUUUCUCCUUAGAAAAUUAAAUUCUUAAAUAAUAAUUGCUGUAAUGAAAAAUCGUGCAAUCGCAUUUACUUGUAAAAAAUCGAAGAGUAAACUAUCUAUAAAUAUUUUGUAUUCGAAUAAAUAUACAAAAAAUAGAUAAGCUUUAAGGAACUAUGUUUCUUUUUUUUUAAUUUGAGAAUUAUUAGCGCGGUGGGAAUUUGAAUUGUUAAAUAAAUAUAAUACCAAAAACCGUGAAGGUUCAAGGGGCAAAUUUGGAUUUAGAAAAAAAAAUCGGACCGCUGCGAGAAAUCGUAAAAUCGAUUUCAGUGAUUGAUGAUGAAAGGAAAAAUACGGGCAGUCCGUUCAAUUUAAUCUUUAUUUUUAUUAUAGUUUUUUUUUUUAACGAGUGUGCGUAAAAUUCAUACGGAAUCCUUGCAAUAAGAUGCUCAGCAAUUGAGAAUUUUGUUACGUAUCGCUCGUCCUAGUACUGUUAAUAAGUGUUCUUUAAAUUACAAAUGAAAAACGCGAUAUUUAUUUACAUUUUAAUUUAGUUCUCAUAUAAGGUUUUACGAAGAAUCGCGAACGAAUCGAAGUAUUCCUUAAUGACAAAAUAUAUUGUAAAGUACGAAAGUAAGAGCGUAUACGUAAAUUUGAUACGUAUAUGCUUUUGUAUAGUUCCGUUUGCGGGUAAGUUUGCCUUUUCAAAGAAACUUGAGUUUCCUGAAUCUUGAGUCCAUGAGAAAUGUUAAAUAUUUAAAUUAAAAAUAUAAAGAUAAAAAAUAAAUUUAAAAAUUCCAGUUAUCGGAAAAAGUAUUAGUCUUUAUUAAAUGCGAAAAGUAAAAUCAAACUUAAGUUAAACCUAAGCAUUUUGUGAUUAAUUUCGUGUAAUAAAUCAUAAAUUAUUACACUUUUUAAAUUUAUAGUAGUUAUUUUAGUCGAUAUUAUUAUCACUUGCCAAAUUAUUGUUUUUCUUUGAUAUAAAAAACUUAAAUUAUUUGUGGUAUAAAUUAUUGUAUUAUUUAUCUUUAAAUGUAUGGAUUUAAAAAGAAAAUUGAAUGUAUAUAUGUAGCUUUCAGUGGGAUGGUAAUACUUACUGAUUAUUAAGUAAUAAUUUAAUUAAUAAAUAUUUCUCUUCCCUGGGACUCUGGAUUUAUGUGCUUAAGUUUUUAGGUUCGUUUUUAAGUGCCUCUGGUUUGGGCAUUUUUCGUCGAGAACGGCAAUCUUCGGAGUUGAAAAUAUUGUAUCGUAUAUAAUUUUUUUCCAUCAAUUUACAUCGUUCUGGAAAUUUAAAAAAGUACGUAUUCAUGAAUUGGGGGAUAUUUAAUUUUAUCGCCGGAACUCACUGAUUGACAUUUACGCUACGCUCGUAGAACUUAACCUGGGUAUAUUUGAAAGUAAAUAAAAUGAUUGUAAACCUAAAUUAAUAAAUUCCAUCAGACAAACGUCUCGAUUUUUUAUAUCAAUUAAAAUAAUUGGUGGAAAAUAUAAACUUUUAUGUAAAUAUUUGAAUUUUGGAAAACUUAAAAAAAAUUAAACGAUAAAUGAAAGGGGAAAUUCGAGUGUAGCGUUUCAUGUCGAUGAGUUGAAAGCUGAUGAUUUAUUUAUUUAAAAAAUGAAUCCAUCGCCAGCCAAAUGAUUGUUCCUUAAGAGAUACGAAAUUUUUUUGUCGUUAUUAUUACAUACGCAAUCAUAUUGUACACUGAUACGAGCUAUAAGCGUGCGCAAAUUCACGCAUUCUCUUUAAAUUCAUGCAUAAUUAUCGACAUAAUUGUAGGUAUCUAUACGAGUAUAGUUCAGUAGCGUAAACAAUAAUUACGAGAUAAUAAAAUAAAUGUCAUCUAUCC